AUGACCAAGACUCGAUCGACCACGAACGUACCGGAAGACAACUGCCGCGACACAAUGCCGAUUUUCACCCCGGUGCUAUCGCCGCGCUUAUCGAGUACCUCGCAUGUUUUGCUCGUCAAAUAA